AGUCGAUCUUUUAACUUGCUGCGAGGAGGUCUGUGUCUGCACGUACUCAGUCGGUCGUUGUUUACGUUUCUGAAUGUGAUCGAAACAGACAGGUGUCAAGCUGCAGCUCACUGUUUUGCUAUUUAUAGUCGUCGGUCGCGAGGAAAUUCUGCGACUGCCUGGUUCUGCGCAGAAGAUUAUUUGAGCUUUCCAAGGUCUUAAAGAAACUAGGGCAGGAUAUGUCAGUAUUUUGGACUACAACACCCACACGCGAGUUCCGUUUUUUCAGAGAAUCUCGCGAGAAAAUUGAGAAGAUUUGGUUGCCAGGUUUCUUCUAAAAUCACUAUGCGUUGUUUCUGUUCAUAGUUCCUUUAACGUUUAUUAUGACAAACAGAACAACUAAAAAGGAAUAAAAUAUAACACCAGUUGAGUUUAUUCAUUGAUGAACGUGAAAUUGAGACAGCACUGAUUAUGCAUUCACCAAUAAAACAUUAUACUACGAGUACUUCAGAGUUUGCAUGUAAUAAAUAACUGGACGUUUUGUUCCUAAAAGCUUGUUCUGUGUUUAGAGAGGUCAAAGAUUAACUCAACUCAACUUUGUUUGUAAAUCACUUAAAAAAACCACAGCGGAACAAAUUGCUGUACAUCAUAGACAAAACAAUGCAGACGUAAAGAAAAAACAAUCAAAUUAAGUGAAAAAUUCAAAAUUAAGUGGGAUUGUCAAUGGUACAUUAGACUGCAGGUUUGAAUUUUGUGACAUGAUAAAAUAAAUUUUAUAACUUUAGUCCUUGGCAAUUUUACUUCUUUGUGUUUUCUAUUGUAGUUUGGCUGCUUUUCUCAAAACCGCAGUUUAAUAAUGAACUAACUUCCUUUAUUCAAGAGUUUGACAAACAUAGUCGUAUAUCAAAAGCUAACGAAACGCUGUUGUUUGCUUAACUAGUGGAAAUCAAGUAAGAGAUUUGGGCCUACUUUGUGCUUUAUUGCUUCGGUCAUUUGCUCAACACGACCAAACCUGGCAACCCGGGAGUCUGGCUGUAGCGCUGAAAAACUUGUUGUUGUCGGGCAAAAUGGCGUCAAACGUAGAGGCCCCGGAACGCUGGUACCUCGCCCUUCUCGGCUUUGCGGAGCAUUUCCGAACCUCUAGUCCGCCGAAAAUCCGUCUGUGUGUGCACUGUCUACAAGCAGUGUUUCAGUUUAAACCCCCGCAGAGGAUUGAAGCUCGGACACAUCUUCAGCUCGGCUCGGUUCUCUACCACCACACCAAGAACAGCGAGCUGGCCCGCAGCCACCUGGAGAAAGCGGUGAGGGAUGUUCAGUGUAGGAAAGAGCGGGGAUGCAUCAAUAAUGGGAACUGUGUAGGCCGCACGUAACGAAAACACUAAAUGGCGGAAAUCUUUCAAUAGCUUUGUGUUACAAGUAUUUGUCCAAAUGUUAUACCUGCUUUCUUUUUAGCAUGUUGUUGACCCUGUUUAUACAUUGUUUAUAACGCUGGCCAAAUAACGUUGUUACUGAAUUACAGAGAUAGCUAUCGCCGUCAAUAAGAUUUGCAUCUCAUCUUUUUUUCAAUCUCCCUGCAGUGGUUUAUAUCCCAACAAGUCCCCCAGUUUGAGGAUGUCAAAUUCGAAGCUGCCAGCAUUUUGUCUGAACUCUUCUGCCAACAGGUAAGUACAUUUUUCGUUACAUUUGUAGUAGUCCACCAUGGUUAGAUUAUGGGGCCAAGUUAACAUGUAAUUUGCUGAGUCUAAUAAAGACGAUGUAACGCAAUAAUUAAAUUACAUCUCGUAUGAGUAUAUAUUUUUUAAAGCUUUAAUUUGAUUUUUUUUUCCACUCACCGUUAUCUGUACAUUCCUGCACAUUCCUGCACAUCUGUACAGCCUUUCUUUACACCUUUUGAACACACACCCACCAGCUUUUACAUUAGAAACACCUGGGCAGUUUCUUGCAACCCAAUACUAGAGCUGAAAUUUAUACUUCGACAAAGUUUUUACAUUUAAGUUUUUCAUUUGGCAUAGUUAAACAGGUUAUAAUUGUCAUUUGAAGUAGUUGUUUAUAUUGAAGUGGGUGUUUUUGAUGUAAAAGAGCGCUUUAUACUGAAAUUGUUCACUGUGUUUUGCCCCCUCAUAUUUGUUAAGUUAACAUUGUUCUCAUUUGGUCAUGCUGUGUUAUGACUCUCCACCCUUUUAUUCUCCUUUUGUCUCCUUUCCUUUUCACAAGGCAAAUCUCUUGUAUGUGUAGCAAAGCUUUACAAUCAACCUGCUAAUGGUUCUGUGAUUGUUGUCUGAUAUGUAAGGAAGUCUACAAAUUGCUGUGUAAUACUCCUUUUAUGUCAUGUUUUCAGAAUUUGGUCGACUCUGCAAAGCCCCUACUGCGCAAGGCCAUCCAGAUAUCACAACAAACACCCUACUGGCACUGCAGACUGUUGUUCCAGUUGGCGGUGAGUACACAGUAAUGACCUCUAUGAGAGAAAUUUUUGAGUGCAAGUCUCAUGGUUGGUCAUAAAGACUGUUGUGUGUAUUUUUUGUUGAUUUAAGUUUUUCGUUAUUUUGAAGGAAGUCAGGGUUUAUGUCAAUAAUGAGAGUCUUAACUGAUGGUAGCAUUUUUUUUGUCACUUACAGCAACUUCAUACUCUGGAGAAAGAUUUGGUGUCAGCAUGUGACCUGCUGGGUGUUGGAGCAGAGUAUGCCCGAGUGGUUGGGUCAGAAUAUACCAGGUAAUUGUUACUUAAUCCCACAUUGACUUGUUUUUUUCUUUCAAACUGCUUUCAGUGUUUAUCAUCUAAUUCCUCCAACUGAAACAAAUACAUUAUCAAUCAAAUGUGAUAAUUAUUGUGGAGCGGAUUUGGCAUUUUAUGGACUAUCCUGAACUCAAUAACAACAAAUUGACAGUUUAACUCUAGGCAGCAAUUUUUUGUUGCUAACAUUCCCAAUUUUCUUCUGCAGAUUAUAAAAAAAACAAAGAUUCAUAAUAAAUCCCCCUUAAGAUGAGGUCAGGCUACAUGAUCCCUUUUUCUGUUACGAAGGACACUGCCGAUUAGGCAAUCACACAACAUCACAAUGGACAUGAUAACACUGAUAGGAAGAGAGGCUAGAUCACACCUUGGAAAUGCUCAGGGCAAUUACUCACUGGACUGUUGAAAGAGCUGCUGCUUCUCAGCAUUUCUCUUUUUUUCAGUCAGUUCUCAUUGCCCCUUGACAUUACAUCAUAGAGACGGGGAAGUUGUUUGAGCUCAAUGAACUGUUUCUCCAUCUAUACGUGUCAUUUUGCCGUAACAGCUGUAUCACACCUCUUUUGCUCAACAAAUUGGUUUAGUAGUGCUUGUGACUUUUGCAUUUGUAAAGUUCCCCGUGCUCUCAUUGGUCAACUUCACUGACAUGAUAGAAUUUAUCGUAUGAGUCAGACUGAAAAAAUCAGACAUGCUGUAAUUUAUGUCAAGGGGUGUAAGAUGCCCAGGUGUGAAUGGGAGAGUUUGUUGGCCUACAAAGGCUAAAGCCCUUGUGGCAGUGGUAAGUGGUUCAAGCCCCGACCAUGACCAUUUGCUGCAAUUAUCCCGCCACCUCCUUAUUAUACACUUCCUGCUGUCCUUUGUAAUGAAAUAAUAAUAAAAAUAACUUUAAAAGACUUAAAAUGAUUAUUGGCGAUGAGGAGCACUGCUAGAUCAAGCUGUGAUCCCACUGAAAUGAUGUAGUCUGACAUCAGCAUCAGUUGUCGAUCUUAAUCAUAGAGAAAAAGGCUUUUUAAAAAUGUUUUUGAAUUCAACUGAAGAACAAAACUUUUAAGCUGAUGACAGAUUUUUGAGAACUGGAUUAAAGUUUUCUUUUUUAUUUCUUCAUAGGGCAUUGUUUCUUCUCAGUAAAGGAAUGGUGAGUAAUUUCUUCACUGUAAGGCUGAAGCCAUAUUUGAUAUCCAUGAAAUGAUCAUUUUAGCUCUACUUUUGUGUAUUUGACUAACAAAAACAGCAAACACCCACAGACAACAACAGUACAGAUGAUAAAGUUCAUAUUUAUGAAACUAGAAAAUUCCAAUUCCAUCAUUUGUUGACUGUUUUAUUUAAUCUUCUAGUUGCUGCUAAUGGAGAGGAAACUUGGAGAGGUGCACCCUCUGUUAACACUAUGUGGAACCAUUGUGGAAAACUGGCAGGGAAACCCCAUCCAGAAGGAGUCACUGAGGGUGUUCUUCCUGGUCCUGCAGGUCACACACUACUUGGAUGCAGGGCAGGUAGGAAAACAACUUUGGAGUAAUAUUCUGCUUACGUUUAAAAACACUGCAUCUCUUCAGUCAUGGGAGCUUUUAAUUAGCCGGUUUGCAUACACUAAUUUCAUACAGUAUUGCUAAAUAUUUUCCAGUGUUCAGUUGUGUUAAGCAGCCUGGAGCUGAGCUGUAUUGUCAUUUCCACGUGUCCCCAGGUGAAGAGUGUGAAACCAUGUCUGAAACAGCUGCAGCAGUGCAUACAGACCAUUUCUACACUCCACGAUGAUGAGAUUCUGCCCAGCAACCCAGCUGACCUCUUCCACUGGCUGCCCAAGGAGCACAUGUGUGUCCUCGUCUAUUUGGUAAUGCCACUUCUUUUUUUCCUUCUCUCACUGAAAUCCCUGAAAGCUAUCCAAAAUAAGAAAACACGAGGGGUAUCAUUGGUUAGAUUUGUAGCACUGGGGGUUUUGUUAACACUUCAGUAUCACGUGAAAAGUAAAGCAGUAAAACCUCAAAAAUAACAUUCCAACAUCCCCUAUUUUUGAGUUCUUCUACAGAGGUUUAUCAGAGCAACAUCCAGUCCCAAAACUGGAUUGCUGAGUCACAUUGCUCUCUCUCCUUUGCUUUAGAUCUGUAGCAGACAGAAAUGUAAUGUGGGUUAUUAUUAGACGACAAAGAACGUAUCAAAAUGUCAGCAGGCCUAUUUGCUGCGAAUGAGGAGAUUUAGUAGUUGUCUGUGGCGGUGCAUUGGCACGCGAAGUUUUAAAGGACGAAAUGCUACUUAAACAUCAAAAGCAAUCCAGCACCUUCCCCCUGUCGAUGCAUAGUUUCCAUAAAGGAUGUUCAGAGGCCACAAACUUUCAAGUUGUUUAAAUGAAAGUUUUAAUUCUGUUUAACCAACUAAAGUAAAGUGAAAAACACUCAGAACUGAGAAUUCAUUAAAUAAGGCUCAACACGAGAUCAUAGGGUCUGCAGGGCAAACAAAAUGAAAUUGGUGAGCCAAAAGUGGCGAAUGUAAGCAGAGCUAGCACCACCGGCCUCCAGUCCUCCUUGUUGGUUCGAUGACUGUUAAAUGCCAGUUUAGCCAGACACAGCCUACACACAACUUAAUCUCCAAAUUUUUUCAAUCAGAAUGAUGCCAAACCAAAUCAAGCUACAAGUUAAGAUCUGCUAUUGCAUCACAGCAUUAUGGUCUUAGACCGAGCUAGUGUUGAGUGGCUGCGCUACAGCCGAGACAUGAGACGCAGCGUAUGACCAUAAAGCCCACUAAACGCUCAAAUCCCCAAACCAGAGGAUAAAAGGACCAACUAUUGUGCUGAUGUUUGUGUUGAAGUUGAGCUCAACCUGUUUUAAACUGAAAGCUGUGAGUAAUGUUAACUGUUCGUGUUUAUUAACACACAUAAAAUUAUAAUGAACAACUACAGCAAACCACUUGCUAAUUAAAUUUGCUCUGGUUUUAAUCAGCGCUUUAUCGCUGUUUGUCUUUGUAAUUAGGACUAUAACCAACUUUAAUGCUAUUGUGGUUCACAGCUCAGGGGCUUUGUUCUCAUUUGGUGAAUCUGUUAAUCACUUCACUCUGUUGACUUGGCUGCCUGUUGGGAUGUGACACAAAAGUGUAUCCCAAAAAAACAAACAAACAAAAAAAUAACAAGGAUUUAUGACUAAGUAAAACAAAAGUUACCUCUAUAGUAAGCACACAAAAUCAAACUAGUAAUUUUAAUUGUCAUAAAAACUUCAUAUUAAAUGAACAGAAGGUGAAACAGUGGUUGCACAUUUAUUUCUGUAUUCUGUAUUCACACCUUCAUUGGUUUUAAGUAUUUAGCAUAAUUUAACAUUGGGUUAAAUAGCGUUAAACACACUGUAAUGUGUGAGUCUUUCAGGGUCAGGCCUGGAGAAAAAAGAUCUUUUUUUAUUGUCUGAUGCACGUGGUUCUGAGAAAUGAUAUCUUAGAUUACCUUGUAUGCUAACUGCCUUUGAAUAUUAUAAGUAUUAUGUGUGUAUAUUUUUCUGUUUUUAUCCUUUAUUUUUGCCAACGACCUGCCCGCUAAAAUUAGAUGACAUUCACGUUACAGUGCUGCUAUUGUACCCUCUAAAAACUUGACACAAGUGCCCUUGACGCAGGGAUUCAGUUACCGUGGCGCUCAGGAAGGUGUUUAUAUUUCUAAUGUGCCGAUCAAAAGACUGUUCAGAUUUUUUAAGGAGUACUCUGCCUUGUCAUUUCACAGGUCACAGUCAUGCACUCCAUGCAGGCGGGUUAUUUGGAGAAAGCCCAGAAGUACACUGACAAGGCUCUGAUGCAGCUAGAGAAACUUAAAAGUGAGUUACUCGUGCUCGUGCUCUCGGCUGUGACUAACUUUAUGAAGUGGAAAACCUGCAACAUUUGUUUUUGUAAAUACUAACUUUAAUUUUGGUGUUUCAGUGUUGGACUGCAGCCCCAUCCUCUCCACCUUUCAAGUCAUUUUACUGGAGCACAUCAUCAUGUGUAGACUCGUCACUGGCCACAAGGCCACAGCAUUACAAGAGGUGUCUAUUCUUCCUGUAUCCAUGUUCAUCUACUGUAUUAUGUGAAAAAGAAGUUCAUCAAAGUAUUGAAGCUGCUGGAGUCACAUUUUGCCACAAGCAUGAUUUGCAUACUUCAUUAAGCUCAUGGAAGUGAACACUGACUCUGUUCUGUCCUUUCAGAUCUCUCAGGUGUGUCAGCUGUGCCAACAGUCCCCCAGGCUAUUCACCAACCACGCUGCUCAGCUUCACACUCUAUUAGUGAGUACUUCAGCCCCAACUCCCUUUUAACAUCGGUGUGCAUCACUGUGUGUGUCUCCAACAGUGACCAAAACCAAGACCUAAUCAGCUAAAGUCUGAGAACGUUGUCACAAAUUUUACUCAAAGUGUUCAAUGGUUUUGUCAGCUUUAAAGAAGUACGAUGAAGGACAGUUUCACACUUUUAGUGUUUUAGGCUGUGUCUGAAAUGGAUCCCUAACCCCUAUAUGGGUGACUAUAUGGGGGUUAGCGCCAUUUUGAGGGGUAUCCGAAACCUGAGUGAUCAAUUCCAGUGCCCCAUAUAGGCGACUCAAAAAUUUUCAUAAAGCAUUGCAAAAGUGACCAUCCUGUUAUGCAUUGCAUCUUGCCAUGUAGUGUCUGAAACCUCCGGUAAUUGAAUUCACUACAUAGUCAACUAUAUAGUGAAACCCCAUAUGGGGGUUUGGGAUUGAGUGAUUCAUUUUGGACACAGCCAUAAAGUUCAAACUAGUGGUUUGGAGUUACUUAUUAUUCCAAGCUGAUAAUAAGGUGUAUUUUUGUGAUUUAAUACUACUUUUUUGGAAAUACUUAAAUCUUACAAGAUUUUUUGUAAAAGGUUUUUCUUUAAACCAAGAGUUGACAGUUUAACCCCAACACUAAAUAAGAGAGGGAUGUUAGCAUUGGCAAGAAUUUUUUAUUCCUCUUUGCAUAUACAAAAUCAGUGCAUUGAAAAAUAUUGGGAAAAUGAGCAAUUCAUAAUAAAUACUUAGUUUUGCCAUGAGUGUGUUGUGUUGAAGGCAAACACAGGUACAUAUCGAUGUUAUGGAUUUAUGUAUGUGAAACAUUUGUAAAAUGUAGAAGCACUAAAGUAGAGAUAUAAACAGCACAUAUUAUCACGUAAAUGUUUGCGUGAAAAAAAAAAUUCACAUUUAGUGUUUUUGUAUAACUCAUUUCUCGCUUUCUCCACACCACAGGGUCUAUACUGUAUCUCAGUUAACUGUAUGGACAAUGCAGAGGCACAGUUUACAACAGCCUUGCGGGUGAGUUCAUGGCGACUUCACUGUCUGUCAGACGCUUUUAUAACUCAGCUUUUUAUCUCUUUUCCCUUUAACUCAGCUGCUGUCUAUUUUCGUCUCAAACAUGCCUGUAUUGUUGUCUUGUAGCUCACCACACACCAGGAGCUUUGGACAUACAUCGUAACCAACUUGGCCAGUGUCUACAUAAGGGAAGGAAACCGACACCAAGAUGUCAGUUUAGUAAUAAGAGUCAAAGUCUUUUUAAUAUAACAGUAUGAUGGAGUGAAGUAUUUAGUGAAUGCAGUAUGAGUAUUUGUGGUUCACUGCUGUGUAAAACUAAAUUAAAUCUUCAGCAUCACAAAUGGCUCAUCAUAGCUGUGUUGUUGUUGUUUUGAGUACAGGCUGACCCAGGGGUUACGGAUAAUGGCUUUUUCAAAUGUGUUCCUCUUCUGUUGUUUGGAAACAGUGUUAUUAAGCAGUUUGUCCACUAGGUGGUGUUGACACAUUAGAAGGAUUAAGUGUCCUUCCUAUUUCACAUCCUGAAAUACAGGCAGUUGAUUCCACUUAUGAUAGGAGGAUAUGUAUUUUAUUUAAUUUUAAUAAUUCACAGAGAUAUUAAAAUGGAAAAACGUUUUUCUCACUUCACAAAAAAAGACUAAUUGCAUUUUCUGUGUCAUGACUUUUUCAGCUCUAUAGCCUCUUGGAGAGAAUAAACCCAGAUCAUAACUUCCCAGUAAGGUAAGAGGCAGUAGAUUCUUUUUUUCAAAUAUAAAUGUAUUUGUAAAUUUGAAACGACUCACUGUGUUGAAUUGAAUGUUUUAGUUUAAACAACUACCUUUGUCUUUGUUUUCCAUUCAGCUCCCAUUGCCUCCGUGCUGCAGCCUUCUACAUCAGGGGACUCCUGUCCUUCUUCCAAGGACGCUACAAUGAAGCGAAGUAUGACGGAUCUUAAAAAAAGAACAAAAAUUAAACAAAUAAAAAAAAACAUUUGAACAAACCUACAGAUUCAUCCUGUGCUUCCACCAACAUAUACUUGCUUUGUUUUGUUACAGACGCUUCCUGAGGGAAACCCUGAAGAUGUCAAAUGCCGAGGAUCUCAACAGACUAACUGCCUGCUCCCUGGUUCUUUUGGGCCACAUCUUCUAUGUACUGGGAAACCACAGAGUAAGACUCGGUACACACCAAGUGUACCAUAUUUGCUCAUAUUGGAUACAUAACUAUAUCCAACCAUCCCAAUUACUUUGACAAAUAUUUUGCAUCGAAUAAGAACACCGAAAAAAAACUGAUUUAUAAGCUGGACAGAAUCUAAGCCUGAAUUCAGCUAGUAAUUUGAAGCAAUGGUUGAAUUAUCCGAUACAAGUUCAUGACUGUGAAGAAGUAAAUCAAUGUGUGGAGGUAGAUUGUGGUGCCAGAGGAAUAACUCGUGUUUAACACAUGAGAAAAUCAACACAUGAUCCAAGGCUCCUUUGAAGGAUUACUCUGGUAAUAAAUGAAACUAUUGUCUUAUUUUGUUUUUAGGAAAGCAACAACAUGGUGGUACCUGCCAUGCAGCUUGCAAGUAAGAUCCCUGACAUGUCUGUUCAGCUCUGGUCUUCAGCCUUGCUAAAAGGUACGCACCCAUUUCAUAGCCAAAUAUAAUUUAUUUUUCCCGGACUCUGUGUCUGUGUAAUAACUUAAGUGGUUGAAUGUUGUGUCUGCAGACCUGAACAAGGCCCUCGGGAACACCAUGGACGCUCAUGAAGCAGCCCAGAUGCAUCAGAACUUCUCCCAGCAGUUGCUGCAGGACCACAUCGCUGCAUGCAGCCUCCCUGAACAUAACCUCAUCAGUGUAUGUCAAAGCAAUCACCCUGCUUCCCAAAGUUUACUUUGAAUUUAUCGUUUUAUUUACUUUUCAUUUUAGCACCAUGUAGGGUAAGCCUUAUUACACUGAUUUGAUGGGAUGUGUCAAUAUUUUGUAGAGCUGACAUUUAUGCUGUUUUCUAUCUGAUUUUCAGUGGACAGAUGGCCCUCCCCCAGUUCAGAUCCAAGCCCAGAAUGGCCCAACCACCAGCCUUGCAAGCCUUCUAUGAGAGAACACCUAUGUAAUGACUGACGCUAAAAAAACAAACUUGCUAUAAGACCAGCUGAGAUUUGAAUGGAUUUUGACAGGUCACUGAGUUCAGACCUUCACUUUAUUAGCUUGUCCACAUUGCCCCCUGAUUGUUCGCUACAACAUUUCUUAAUUAUUAAAACAACGACAACUACUGUUCAUGUAUUUCAUGCUCUCUAAUGGAACAGAUGCUAAAAGAGUUGGACUCAUGAUUCGAGUAGAGAAAGACAUUAAGCAAUGAGCUGAAGGGCUUGCCUGCAAGAGAGAGACAGCCCUUCUCUGUGUUUCUUUUUCCAUUUCUUGGAAAAACAAAGGGGUUCGUUUGGGGGCAUGUAGAAAAUUAAUUUAUUCAUGUUAAUAUUUUUGUAACUGCUGGUAAAUAUUUUACACCUUGCCUUUUGUUAACAUCCUGUUUUUUCAUGCAUGGAAGUUACUGAUGUGGACUCCCUGUACAUUAAUUUCAGACCUGGGUUCCUAACAAUACAUUCUUGGUAUAUACAUUUUGCACAAAACCCAUGCUAGAAAGAAUUGGGACUUCUUGUAAUAUAUUUUCUCACAAAAGUCAGUGGAAAUGUUUCAUGAUGCAAAUAGAUGGCGUGCACUGUAUUGGGAUAUGCGCAAUCGACUUGUGCAGUUCCACUAUGGACCAGAACAUGCCUCAGUUAAGUUAAAUGGUGACAUUUUAUACCAUUUUGUGGCGAGGAGCUGCCACGUACCUGAUAAAACAACACAAUAACAUUAACUUUUUGAAGUCCCAUCCUUUAUGAAUUCUGAUGUAUUAAGUUUUUACAGAUCGAUGAGCUAAUGCUAAUCCUCAGAUAUUCAAAAGUCCUCUUGUUUUAUUUUGAUAUAUUUUAAUUUGUCUUGAUAGUUCUACUAAAGGGUUUCUUUCGGUAUGUUUGUAUAGAUUUGCCACUCGUCAAACCUUUAUUGUACAGUGACAUUUUAUAAAGUCAAUUUAGUAAAGUGUGAUAUGUAUUUUUAGCUAUCCUACGUAGGAAUCUCAAUGCUCAGUAUUUAAGGCACUCUGUGCAGACACAGUUUAAGCUUGAGUACUAGCCAUAGCCUAUUCUAUCCAAUGCCUAUGUUUUUAAUGCUUAUGUUGUUUUCAAUAAUUUUUCAAUAAAAAAUCUGAUCAAAAGUUUAU